AUUUAUAUGUCACACGUCAGCGUGACUGGGAAAAACUAAUUAUUGUGGUUGAUUUGUGUCUUAUUUAUAGUGGUGAAUAAAAUUUAAUGAAAAUUCACUAAUUAUUAAAUUAAUGCGAACAACACAACAUCAAAAUGACUGUAACUAAAAUGGAAAUAGACCCUGUUAAGGGCGAUGGUUUCCGACCUUACUACAUAACUAAGAUCGAGGAACUUCAGCUGAUCGUAGCAGAAAAAUCCCAAAAUCUUCGGCGUCUGCAGGCGCAACGCAAUGAACUCAACGCCAAAGUGCGGAUGUUGCGCGAAGAGUUACAACUUUUGCAAGAACAAGGGUCCUACGUCGGCGAAGUAGUCAAGCCUAUGGACAAGAAAAAAGUACUUGUGAAGGUACACCCAGAGGGCAAAUUUGUCGUUGAUUUAGAUAAGAAUGUAGAUAUUAAUGAUGUUACCGCCAACUGCCGCGUUGCACUGCGUAAUGAGAGUUACACCCUCCACAAAAUCCUGCCUAAUAAGGUUGAUCCAUUGGUCUCACUCAUGAUGGUUGAGAAAGUGCCAGAUUCUACUUACGAGAUGGUUGGCGGUUUGGAUAAGCAGAUUAAGGAAAUUAAAGAAGUAAUUGAGCUACCCGUGAAACAUCCUGAGCUGUUUGAUGCAUUGGGAAUUGCUCAACCCAAAGGUGUACUUUUAUAUGGCCCUCCUGGCACUGGUAAGACAUUGCUUGCGCGUGCCGUAGCUCACCACACUGAAUGCACUUUCAUCCGUGUCUCGGGUUCUGAAUUGGUACAGAAAUUCAUUGGAGAAGGAAGUCGUAUGGUCCGAGAAUUGUUUGUGAUGGCUAGAGAGCAUGCCCCAUCUAUCAUAUUCAUGGAUGAGAUAGACUCGAUUGGUUCAUCUCGUAUUGAAUCUGGUAGUGGUGGUGAUUCUGAAGUACAGAGAACUAUGUUAGAGUUAUUGAAUCAGCUAGAUGGAUUUGAAGCCACAAAGAAUAUUAAAGUUAUUAUGGCUACCAAUAGAAUUGAUAUUCUGGACCCUGCUUUACUGAGGCCUGGACGUAUUGAUAGGAAAAUUGAAUUCCCCCCACCAAAUGAGGAGGCUAGGCUGGACAUCCUAAAAAUCCACUCUCGUAAAAUGAAUCUGACUAGAGGCAUCAAUUUGCGGAAGAUCGCCGAGUUGAUGCCUGGGGCUUCUGGUGCUGAGGUGAAAGGAGUUUGCACUGAGGCUGGUAUGUAUGCACUGCGUGAACGCAGAGUACAUGUCACUCAGGAAGACUUUGAGAUGGCUGUCGCUAAGGUGAUGCAGAAAGAUUCUGAGAAGAAUAUGUCUAUUAAGAAGCUCUGGAAGUAACUACCUUUAUUAUCUUUUAUUGCAUAGGAAAAUAUAAUGUAUACUUAAUGCUUUUUAAUA